AUGGCUACUUUGCAGGCAGCAUGCUUUCGUGGACACAAAGCCACUGUAGAAUUUCUGCUAGAUCGCGGCGCAGACAUGUACCAGAAGGGCGAUCACGGGGAUGCUCUGCAGGCAGCUACCACCGCCGGCCAUGUUGGUGUUGCGUCAUAUCUUCUUGAAAGAGGCUAUGUAGCAAUAGGUGCGUUACCAGGCGUUGCACGUGGUGAUGAAGAGACCUCACAGCGACCCGCUCGUGGUCGCCGACUACAAUUUCAGCAGCCUGUAGACGAUGAAGGCCCUAUAAAGAAAUAUGCGACAUCCUCUACGGAUAAUAGCUCCUCAGAAGAUGGCUCACAAUCGGACGAGGGAGUCGAAGGUGAAACAGGCGUCUCUCAAACGCUCGAUAUACCUCAAGGGCACUUUCAGCUGGCUGCGUACCUGGGAAACCUUCCUAUCCUCCGCCAACGUUUGUUGCAGCUCGUACCAGGUUUAGGAGCUAGCGUAGAGGUUGCUCUUUGUAUUAAAGCCGCCGCGUCGUCAGGUCAGUUGAACGCACUAAAGCUACUAACGUUGGAAGGGCUCAAGUAUAUCGAAUUCGUCCAGUUCGACAUCGUAUCGAUACUGUGUAUGAUCAUACAGAGUAGCCAAUUCGAGGCCUUUGUCUUCGUACUAGGCUGGUACUUCGAACUCAGCGACGUAGAACAGUUCGAUUGGUACAAGGUACUCAACACGGCUGCUGGAACAACAGAACCGAAGUUCAUGGUAUCACUGAUGAAAAGCAUACCAGACACAUCUCAUCUAGAUGCACUUCUGGCUGCUCUUCCCAUCGCAGUCCAAGACGAAGCGACUGGUGUGGCCACAUUACUCUGGAACGUUUUGGGCCAAUGCCCUCUGUCACUGGUCGAUUUGGAACGUCCGUACGCCAUUCAACGUGUCCUGUUUUUGCAGCCCUACAUUGAUACGUCUAGUGACGUCGGUAGGAAGCGAGCAGAACACCAGCUACAGACCUUGAUCAUCAUAUCUCUCGAGCAGUCUGACCGAACCCUGCGCCAUGAGCUACUAGAAAUUGCCGUUCGUGCCGGCUUCGAUGCUGGAUUUUUCUUCGUCGUACUCAUGCAAGCCUGUCAGCGUGGUUUAGGGUCGUUCAUAGAUACUCUCGCGUACCUCCAGAAGAGUCUGGUAGUUCGCCAAGCUCACGUUCACAAACUCCUCUCCAUGGCCAUAUUUUCCGGUCACACGAAGAUCGUUCGGGCCAUCAUCGAAGAAGUUCCAGAAGAAACCUCCUUCGAUGACCUGAGCUUAUACAUAAGCGAUAGUCUGGUAUCCGCCGUAUCUCGUGGGCAUCAUAAAAUCAUCAAAUGCCUCCUCAGCAUUGACAAGUACCGCUCCUCUAUUCUGGAACUGGGCGGUGGGUCCCUAUUGGGUCGUAUGUUGGCUGGGGCUGCCGAAGCUGGACACCUCCGUCUUGUGCGCCUAUGCUAUGAAGAAGGGGCGGACAUCAAUAUGCAUAUUCCUUCGGUGCAUCCUGUAACAUCAUCAAAAGAGUAUGCGCGUGCGCUUCUUCGUGGCAAACAGAAGCGACCUGUGGAACUUGAUCCACAGGAAGCGUUGCACUACCGCGAUUCGCAGCCAUCGGGCCUCCGUAUCCCGGCCAGGGGUUUCGUGGAAGCGGUGCCUGAGGGUGCCACUAUAACUCCGCUACAAGCUGCUUUGCGUGGCUAUAAUCGCCUUCGCAAGGUGGCUGAAGGUCCCCGAGUACCGUAUCGCCACCUUGCCGGCCUGAUAAAUGCCGAAGAGCAACGAAAUCUGAUAGUCUCCGAGCUGUUACAGCAAGGUGCUGAUCCUAACGAUCAUGGGAGUGAUUCUAGAUUGCCGCUACAGCUUGCGGCUACCUACGCUGGAGAUGACGUUAUUCAGCUUCUCCUCGAGAAGGAUGCAACGGUUGACGGCUUCGAGGGAGGCGAGAACGCAAGUCUGAUAGCAUUAGCAGCAGCUAGGCAAGACGAAGUGGCCUUCCGUGUCAUAGCACGUCUUGCAACAGCUCGCUCGCAUAUCUCUGGUGGGACACGCAAAAGAUAG